UAAUUUAACUGAUAUCCAACCCAAAGAAGGGAGGAUUCGUUCAUUCCUCCAUUCCUAUGCAUUGGCAAUUGGCAACAAAACAACCUAUUUCUGUUUAUGUGUCUUUUGUCUGUGCAUGUUUGUUACAAUCAUCAUAACCUCCCAUGGGGAAAAAGCCGUUCUCCUCCGACAUUGAGGCGGCUCGUUAUCCCCCGCCACCACCGCCUUCUUUCUACAUGCAACAGCCAAGGCAAUGGUUCUCAUGGUUGGUGCCACUCAUUUUUAUAGCCAAUAUUGCUAUGUUUGUGUAUAGUAUGUAUGUCAAUGAUUGUCCUGCCUAUUUGAAUGAAGAUGUUUGCCUUUUCUAUGAAUAUUUGGGAAGAUACUCUUUUCAACCUUUCAAUGAAAACCCUCUCCUCGGCCCUUCCGUCCGCACGUUGAGGCUAUUAGGAGCACUUGAAAAGGAUCUUGUGGUGGGUGAAAAUGAAGCAUGGAGGUUCUUUACUUGCAUGUUUCUUCAUGCAGGAGUUAUACAUGUACUUGCCAAUAUGUUUAGUCUUUUAUUCAUAGGAGUUCGCCUUGAGAACGAAUUUGGAUUUCACAAAAUUGGAAUAUUAUAUCUGCUUUCUGGUUUUGGUGGAAGUUUGUUAUCAAUUUUGCAUUUGAGAGAUGCAACAGUACCAAAUACCAUAUCAGUUGGCGCAUCAGGUGCACUUUUCGGACUUUUGGGAGCCAUGCUUUCCGAGCUUCUAACCAAUUGGACUAUCUAUUUAAAUAAGAGAGAUUUGAAACCGUGUUUUCUUCUGCAGUGUGCAGCUCUUACAAGUCUUCUGCUCAUUAUUGGCCUAAAUUUGGCUGUUGGAUUUCUGCCUCAUGUGGACAAUUCAGCUCAUAUAGGAGGAUUCCUUGCAGGGUUUUUCCUUGGUUUUGUUAUUUUAAUCCGCCCGCAAUAUGGUUAUGUGAACAAAAAAUAUGUACCGCCAGGACAUGAUUCAAAACGAAAAUCCAAGUAUAAAGGCUAUCAGUAUUUCUUCCUGAUCUUGUCAGUCAUUGUGUUACUUUGCGGAUAUGCAUAUGGCUUAACUACACUUUACAUAGGAAAUCCAGAUGAAGAGAUACUUUCCUUCUUAAGGAAAAUAACCCAGUUGAGUGAUUCAGGCUGAUCUUCAAGUUUUCAUGUACAAUCCAAAAUUGCAGUUUUCAUGUUAUAAAGGACCCUCCAAUUCUUUUGAUCAAUACAUGCACAUGAUCGCGAAUGCUUCUCUGAAUACUGGUUUGUACACUAUAUCCAGAAGAUGGUAUCAUCAACUAUACAUGUAUCUAUUUGGCUGUUUAUAUGGAUAUAGGAAAUUCCUAGUCUUUUGGUUCAAAAAAUGUUAUGUAGAUCCAUCAGCAAAGAAUAUUAUAUUUAUUCAUUUUUCGGUAGAAUGAAUAGUUCAUCUACUAGGGACAAGAGUUGAGGCUUUGGUUACAUUUAUUUAUUUGUCAAUGCAGAAAUAUAGAAAUUUAUUGGCAUGUUUUCU